GUUGAUGUCCCGGCGGCCGCAGUCGGUCCCGGUCGGUCCCCGGCGCUCGGAGCGGCUGAACCGCCUGGGCCGUCCCCGCCCCGCCGGGCCCGGCCCCGACGCGCAGCGCCCGAGCCCUUGGGACGAGCGCGCAGAGGCAGCAGGCGGCUCCUGCCCAUGAGGGCCUGAUGGAAAACACAAAGGAGCUGACAGAACAUAGUUCCCAAGUGGAAAGGAAACGCCGAGACUCGUUCGGGAUGUUUGACGGUUAUGAUAGUUGUAGUGAGGACACCAGCAGCAGCUCCAGUUCAGAUGAAAGUGAGGAGGAAGUUGCUCCUUUGCCAUCUAGUCUCCCAAUUAUCAAGAACAAUGGGCAAGUUUAUACUUAUCCAGAUGGCAAAUCUGGCAUGGCUACAUGUGAGAUGUGUGGGAUGGUUGGUGUCCGGGACGCUUUUUACUCUAAAACCAAGCGCUUCUGCAGCGUGUCAUGCUCCAGAAGCUACUCCUCCAACUCCAAGAAGGCCAGCAUUCUGGCCAGGCUUCAGGUAGCGGGUAAACCUCCAACAAAGAAGGCUAAAGUUCUACAAAAACAGCCCUUAGUGGCUAAAUUAGCAGCAUAUGCCCAGUAUCAAGCAACUUUACAAAACCAGGCCAAGACAAAAGCAGCAGCUGUCCCUGUGGAAGGUUUCAGCUGGGGUAACUACAUCAAUAGUAAUAGCUUUACAGCAGCUCCUGUUACCUGCUUUAAACACGCACCCAUGGGGACUUGCUGGGGUGAUAUUGCAGAAGGAGUGCGAGUGGAGGUUCCAAACACUGACUGCAGCCUACCUACCAAAGUCUUCUGGAUAGCUGGAAUUGUAAAAUUAGCAGGCUACAAUGCUCUGCUGAGAUAUGAAGGCUUUGAAAAUGAUUCAAGUCUUGACUUCUGGUGCAACAUUUGUGGGUCUGACAUCCACCCAGUUGGUUGGUGUGCAACCAGUGGGAAGCCCUUAGUUCCUCCUCGAACCAUCCAACACAAAUACACAAACUGGAAAGCUUUUCUAGUGAAACGACUUACUGGUGCCAAAACACUUCCUCCUGACUUUUCUCAGAAGGUGUCUGAGAGUAUGCAGUACCCAUUCAAAACUUCCAUGAGGGUAGAAGUAGUGGACAAGACGCACCUCUGCCGGACAAGGGUGGCAGUGGUGGAGAGUGUCAUUGGGGGCCGCCUGAGGUUGGUGUAUGAGGAGAGUGAGGACAAAACUGAUGACUUCUGGUGCCAUAUGUACAGCCCACUCAUUCAUCAUAUUGGCUGGUCUCGAAGUAUAGGACACAGAUUCAAAAGAUCUGAUAUUACAAAGAAACAGGAUGGACAUUUUGAUGCACCCCCACACUUAUUUAUGAAGGUAAAAGAGGUUGAUGCAGCUGGAGAGUGGUUUAAAGAAGGAAUGAAAUUGGAAGCUAUAGACCCCCUAAACCUUUCAGCAAUAUGUGUGGCAACUAUCAGAAAGGUGUUAGCAGAUGGCUAUCUUAUGAUUGGGAUUGAUGGCUCAGAAGCAGCAGAUGGGUCUGAUUGGUUUUGUUACCAUGCCACUUCCCCUUCUAUUUUCCCUGUUGGUUUCUGUGAAAUUAACAUGAUUGAACUAACUCCACCCAGAGGUACAGGUUAUGCAAAACUCCCUUUUAAAUGGUUUGACUACCUCAGGGAAACUGACUCAAUAGCAGCACCAGUAAAGCUCUUCAAUAAGGAAGUUCCAAACCAUGGGUUUCAUGUUGGCAUGAAACUGGAGGCUGUAGAUCUGAUGGAGCCUCGCCUGGUGUGUGUGGCCACAGUGACGCGCAUUAUCCACCGGCUUCUGAGGAUACACUUUGAUGGGUGGGAAGAUGAGUAUGAUCAGUGGGUGGAUUGUGAGUCCCCAGAUUUGUAUCCUGUGGGAUGGUGUCAGCUCACUGGAUACCAGCUCCAGCCUCCAGCACCACAGUCAUCAAGAGAUAGCCAAUCAAGUUCAUCUAAACAGAAGAAGAAAGCUAAAUCACAACAGUACAAAGGACAUAAGAAAAGCCAAUUGGAACCUUCUUCCCCAGUCAUUGGGAAUACAACCUUUGCUGUGUUGAUCUUUGGGCAUGAAAAGAAGUUGGCUGUGACUUCGUUACAGCUGAAGGAGGAAUUGCUGGAUGGAGAGGAAUACAGCUUCCUGCAGGGAACAUCUGACCAGGAAAGCAAUGGCUCUGCCAGCUACUACAUCAAACAGGAACCCUGAGGCAGCUCCCAGAGUGAGGGGCACAGCAUUGGUGACAGGAAAAGAACCUUUCUCCAAGACUGACUGAUUCUGUUCCCACUUGGAUGGUGCAGUUCAGGUGACUGUGCCUGGGGUGCUUUGCUAAAUGUAGAUGAAUUAGACUCAGUUCAGAAUUUUUUGGAAGGGUGGGGAAACUAUUUUAGUGAAAAAGAUUUUUCAAUUUAUUAAAAACAAAAACAAAGGACACUUUUGUGUUGUAUUUGAAGCUUUUGAAAGAAUUUUGUAAUAUUUUCAAGUUCAGAUUUAUUGUGCAUUGUUAACAAGAACUGAAAUUCUAAUUUUUUGGUAAGAUUAAAGUUUAUUUAGCAUGAUUGUGGGAAGCAGUUGGAGGAAGAUAUAGUUGCAAAUACAACUAUGAACUGUCAUAACAAAUGAACCUUUUUGGUACAAGUUGGGAGACUUUUAGACUCUUGUGAACUGCACUGGUCACGCCUCUGUUUUUUUAAUUGUGAAAAUAAGGCUUUAAAGCCCUGAUUUAUAGACAUAAAUUAUAUGUGGAAGACAGUCCUGUAAAGCUCUACUCAGUGAGUAGCCCCAAGUGCAACGGAGCCAUCGCCUGAGGAAGAUUUUAACUUUUCAAGGUGUUUUUAUUUAGUUUAAAAUACCCUUUUUUAUAUAAGGUCUUGUUUUUUAACGUUCCUUAGUGUCUGAUUCAGUGCCCAUUAAUAUCAGUAGCUUUGUCUCCGUUGACCGCAGUGGGCAUUGGAUUGGAUCUACAAAGUUCUUGUCUGUAUAUGAAGUCUGUAGUCUUGGAAUGCUUCAGUAAAUGUUUACAGAGCCCUAUGCCAAACUGGAAUUUGAGAAAAUUCUCUCAUGGGAAGAUUAGUUGUAGCUCUGAAUUUUGACUGAAGAAGCAGCUUAGAUAGACAGUCACUAAGGACUCCCUUGGUAGUGGGAAGGAACUUGUGAGUAUUCUAGUGUUUUUGUUUUUUGUUUUUUUUCCAUUCAGAAAGCCCUAAAUGAUUCCUUACCAUCUUAAAUAUUAAUCUGUGACCAUUCAGAACUGAUGUGCUACAUGGUUUCAGGUGAGCUGAAAGGAGCCCUACAUUGUGGAUUAAAAAAUAGUUCAGUCCUGCAUAACCUGAAAUAUUCAUGUCUUGCUGCUAUAGUGUAACAUAGGAGUUGAGACUUGAGAACAGUAUCAAAAUCACAUGGUUUUUUAGUCUGUAAUUCAUAAACUGCAUUUGCCUGUUGCCUGGAAUUCUUGUCUCAUGUUAAGCAUCCCAUUAGUCCCACCUGGUCAGCUUCCAGAUUUUUACACGGCUAAAGUCACAUGAAAGGGUGAAAAUGAUGACCGCUUAAACAUAAAUUAUUUUUGCUCUUAAUAAUCUUAAGGAGCUCUUAAUAAUUUAGAUUUUAUGUUUCCAUAUUUUUAACUUUCAUACAUUUUUGUAAAUGGAGUUGAUGAAUGAGGUGGUUGAUCAGCCCUGCAGAGCUGUGACUGGAAGAAUGUGCAUCAAGAGCUUUAGCUUUUACCAGUAAGGUUCAUUAACUAAACUCUCAGGAAUUAUCUCAUAAGUUCUAUAAGUGCUUCUGGGUCUUCACAGGUCCCCUUCAGAGCAGUACAAUGAUCAUCUAACUCUUGACCAUAAAUUAGGGCUUAAAAAAAAUUGAUCAAAAAUUAUUAACAUCUGUAUUCCUACAGCCUAAGAAAUGCUUUAAGGAUAUCAACCCACAGAGCCCCAGGAGACCAUUUUUGUAUAUUGUUGUUUGAGCUUAAAAUAAAAGUGCAUAGAAAGUUGAAAACCAGCAAUUUGAUUAUUUUCUAAAAUAUUGCUCCAGCUUUGGGUACAUAGUAUUGAUGAUAUGCACAGGUUUACCUCAUUCUAUGCAAGAGGGGUUAAUUAUGUAAAGUUUUGUAUUUACUACUGGAAGUAAAACAUGUCCUGUAUAGUGUAGGAAUGUCUGGAAUUCUUUUCUCCCUUACUGGUAAAAUUUCUUAAAUAACGACCUGUUUUUAACAACAGUUUCUUCUAUUUACGGAAUCUGUUAAUCUGAUUACAUGAAUCUAUGACUUCAGGUGGUAAAGACAUUUUAGCUCUCUAAAACAGCCAUAAAAAGGGCUUUGUUGGACCUGGUAGACUUCAAAUACCUUAUCUCAGAUUCUGACCCAUCCAUGAUGUUUAUUUUGAGCAGCCUAGAUUGGAGAACUGGGAUUAGAGACCUUUGUAGUGACACUUUGAGCCUUGAUUGUUUUACUGUGUUCUCAAUUUAAUCUGCUGUAAAAUACAGCUAGACAAGCAUUGAUUUCAUUUGGUAAGUAUAGCACUAUUGAUUUUUUCUUUAAUUUUUUUUAAUGCAACAUCUUGCAGGUUGUCCCAACAGCUGGAACAAGGUUCUCACAGUCUUACUUUUCUUCUCUCAUCAACAGCUUCUGACUUGAGUAGAAAAACUGUUGCAUUAAUUAGUGUGUAAUAAUGUCUAAAUAAUGUAGAAGGUCAUGCUAGUGAAUGAGUGAGGUGCAUUGCCAGGUCACUAAAUUGAGUAUUGCCCUCAGUAUUGCCUAGGCUUAUCCCUGAUUUCAGAGUUGGUCUUCAAAUGUCAAGAGGGAAAAUUAGUCCUUAACAUGCUUCCUGUGUUGGGAGAAAUGUAAGAAUCUGUUCUAAAGUCUGUCAGUCUUUAUAAUAUUCUUUUAUUCAUCAAACACUAAAGUCUGUGAGGUGAUGUAUGUUCUCAGCUACCUGUGUGACUUCAGCAGUUGGUGAAAUGUCUUUUGUGUCUCUGAAUUCAUAAUAUGCUUCAGUUGUGUAAUUGUCAAGUACGGUGACAUCUGUGCUAAGCAAACCAUGGAAGGAGCAGCUGGAAGUCACUUGCUGAGGAGAGGCUCAGCAAAUUGGUACCAGGGAUGUGAUCCCCAGAGAGCCUGUGGGGUGUCCCUCUGGCAGCUCCCUGGCUUUGCAAAGCAUUCCCAUGGCUCUGGGAUGUUUCUCUUGGCUUUCAAGCCAUGCUCCCCGGCUGAGAGAGCAGCAAAUGUUGGACACCUGAAACCUUCAAUGGGGUCGGACUCAUUUUGGCAUUUGGCACAGCAGGUUUUUCUGACCAUGAGGCAGCCUAAGCCCAGUCCCUGACUUGGCUGCUGCCCCUUUUAUUCUUCCAGAUCUCUCUGCUGAUCUUUCAUUAUUAUUUUCAGAACUCUCUAACCUGUUCCUUGCUGCAUCUGAGGAAAGCUACAGCAGUUAUUGAUUCCUUGUUCUACAGAUACUAACACGGGUUUCAGUGUUUGUUUUGGUUUUUUUAUUGUUUUCUGUGAUGUGAAUACCCUCCCUCAAUCUUUGUACAAUGGUGCUAAUAUAUUUGGUAACAAUCCUUUAUUGGGAGGGGAUUUUAAAAAACUGUGAUUUCAGCUGAAUUUUUCUUCCUUUUGAUUUUUUUUCAUAUUUAAAAUGAAAAGCCACAGCCAUUUAUACAAAAAAAAAAGCCCCCUGGGAAAAUGUUGGGGCGGGAAUCAAGAUUAAACAAAUGGGUUUUUACAUCAUUUCUGUAUGUAUUUGAUAUAUAGAUCAAUACCUGUAUAAAUUUAAUCUUUUAUUUUCUUGGUAAUUUGUGUGGUCAGUGAGAGAGUAUUUAAAGCUUUCUCAUGCAAUGUACAUAACUCAGUGAAAAAAUGCUUUUGGAGAAAUUAAUGUUACUUUCAUUUUUACGAGACUGCAGAUUUUCAGCAUGGAUGUGAAAAGCAUUAAAAUUAUAACUUUGUGUACAAGAUGAAAAUAAUUCACUAAAUUUGCCUUUUUUACACAAAAUAAAAAUGAUUAAAAGUC